AUGAUCAUAUCUACUACCAGAAUUCCAGAAAGCCUUAAAGUUAACACUGACGUUCUCUAUUUGAGGUUAUAUCACGCGGCAAGCGUUCGUAGUACCGGCCUUAAGACAGAAUCACAGCGUACUACAUCUCGUGAAGACUAUCGCUACGAAAAGGAAUUUAAUGCUUUCUAUAAAGAAAGAGAUUUGCACCAUGCCGCAGCACCGUGGUCAACUGCGAGGAUACGCUGCGAAGGCAAAGGCCUAUUUGUUCCUAAACAUUUAGACGAAGCUGACACUAUACCGAUACUUAUUACGUCAAUACUAAACAAAUUCCCGGGUGUAUACAUUGGAGUGCAUGACUUGUAUUCAGAAAGAACCUGUGUUUCUUUCGACUCUAUUGUAGAAUUAAAUCUUGGUCUUAAGAAUACAUGAUAUAUAAGCCACAUAGAGCCUCAAACGUGGUACGAUGCAUUUGCUACAUGCGUUUUAGCUGGUGGCCAUUUGGUUACUCUGCAAAUAGUUCUAAAGUGUUCUAAAGUGGAGUACAUCAGCGAUCUCUUCACACAAAUCUCAGAGAUUGAAAACACUGGUUUCUCAGACUGGGAUAAUAGGGAUAAUAAAUGUAGUUAAUCAAACGAGAGCGAAACUCGCUGCGGAGGCAUCAGGCGGAGCGGCUAGCUGGAUUUUUCAAUACCCGCUAUGUUUUUCUGCCAAAAGUCCGCUAAUACAACUAUAAUUACUAACUUGAGAGAGAAUGAUCCAAACCAUAAAACACAGCAGCAGCAACUAGAAUAUUAUAAUAAUGCGAGUACAUUUGAGGAUCCUACUUUCAGGUAA